AUGAAAUCUCACGGACAAACAACAAAAGCUACAGACAGACGAACAAUCAAAGCACACGGACAACCACCGACACCUACAGACAGACGAACAAUCAAAUCAAACGGACAAAACAUCACAAACAACAAACAAACGAACAAUCAAAUAUCACGGACAAACAACAAAAACUACAGACAGACGAACAAUCAAAGCACACGGACAAAACAUCAACACCUACAGACAGACGAACAAUCAAAGCACACGGAAAACCAUCAACACCUACAGACAGACGAACAAUCAAAGCACACGGACAAAACAUCAACACCUACAGACAGACGAACAAUCAAAUCAAACGGACAAAACAUCACAAACAACAGACAAACGAACAAUCAAAUAUCACGGACAAACAACAAAAACUACAGACAGACCAACAAUCAGAAGACACGGACAAAAAAAACAACAACUACAGACAGACGAACAAUCAAAGCACACGGAAAACCAUCAACACCUACAGACAGACGAACAAUCAAAUCAAAUGGGCAAAACAUCACAAACAACAGACAAACGAACAAUCAAAUAUCACGGACAAACAACAAAAACUACAGACAGACCAACAAUCAGAAGACACGGACAAAAAAAACAACAACUACAGACAGACGAACAAUCAAAUCUCACGGACAAACCAUCAACACCUACAGACAAACGCACAAUCAAAUCUCACAGACAAACCAUAAACACCUACAGACAGACGAACAAUCAAAUCUCACGGACAAACCAUCAACACCUACAGACAGAGGAACAAUCAAAUCUCACGGACAAACAAAAAAACCUAUAGACAGACGAACAAUCAAAGCACACGGACAAACCAUCAAAACCUACAGACAGACGAAAAAUCAAAGCACAUGGACAAACCACAAAAACUACAGACAGACGAACAAUCAAAGCACACGGACAAACCAUGAAAACCUACAGACAGACGAACAAUCAAAUCACACGGACAAACCACAAAACCUACAGACAGACGAACAAUCAAAUCUCAAGGACAAAACAUCAACAUCUACAGACAGACGAACAAUCAAAGCACACGGACAAACCAUCAAAACCUACAGACAGACGAACAAUCAAAGCACACGGACAAACAUUAAAAUAUCACGGACAAACCAUCAAAACCUACAGACAGACGAACAAUCAAAGCACACGGACAAACCAUCACAAACUACAGACAAACGAACAAUCAAAUCUCACGGACAAACAACAAAAACUACAGACAGACGAACAAUGAAAUCUCACGGAGAAACAACAAAAACUACAGACAGACGAACAAUCAGAAGACACGGACAAACCAUCAACACCUAUAGAAACUACAGACAGACGAACAAUCAAAUCUCUCGGACAAAACAUCAACACCUACAGAAACUACAGACAGACGAACAAUCAAAUCUCUCGGACAAACCAUAA